GGUGAGACAUGAGAUACCAAAAUAAAAGCCUGUGUCCUUAACGGUAGUUACAACAAAGAAUGGCAUCAAAAGUAGUUCAGCUGGUAUUCGUGGUUCUCGGCGCCAUUGGACUGAUGGGGGCCAUUAUCUGCUGUGCCCUCCCUGAAUGGAUUGUUGGACAUUCUGAAGAUAUGGAAGUUCAUAUAGGUCUGUGGAAGGUAUGUCCGAAGCACAGCAGUGGACUGCAGAUCUGUGGAACGCGUAAUACCUAUGAAUCCUCUGAAUUUCACGCCUUCAGGGCUUUGACCGUCAUCAGCUGCAUGCUCGGUGUUCUCAGCCUCCUCCUCAUGUUCUUUGGUUCCGACUUCACCCCAUAUGUUCAGAACCAAGAUAACAAGUCCAAAAUGAUCCUUGCUGCUGGAGUGGGCCUGAUGCUGGCCGGCCUGCUGCUGAUCACCCCUGUCAGCUGGAUUUCAUAUGAUUUUAGAAAUGGAAUAGAGGGAAUUAAGCUGGGAGCGAGCGUCUAUAUCGGCUUUCUAUCUGGCUUGAUGCUGAUGCUGAUUGGAGGUGGGCUCUGCUACGUAAUCAGAUCCGGAUCCAGCAGCUCUGGAGCAAUCAUCAGUAUCUUUAGCAACAGAGCUUAAGCUAAAGAAAACUUAGUGAGGGAGUUGAUUUGGUAAAAACUAGGAAAACGACACCAGAGAUUGAAAAUAUUAUGCUGACAAUAAAUGGACAAAAUCAUCACAUCAAUAGUUUUAACAUUUUGUGCUGAAAGCCACGUGCUUUGUAAAUCCUUUGACUUUAAUUUUAUUUUGGCAGAAUUCCUAGUAUUGAUCUUAAAAUGUUAAAAAAUUUGACUUCACAAAGAUCCAGAGUAGAAAAAUAAAAUUUAUAAAUGUCUGUAUGCAGGACAGUUACAUUUCAGUGAUCUUUUGGUUCAUUUUCUGUUUGCUUAUUAAAUCCAUUUUGUUUUUUCAUGGUUUCUUAACUCGUUUUUAAAAAAUGUCAACAUAAUUACUAACCAGAUUUGCUUUAAUUCCAUGAUGUUUCUCAGUUUCCUGCUUUAUUUUCUAUUGAUAAAACAUUCUCUGUAACUAUUUCUGUUUUUGUACAACCAUCACAACAGAUCAUUAUAUUUGGUCAAAUUCAGAUGUGAUUGGAAAACUAAUUAAGAUUUAUGAAAAAGAAAUCCAUCAACUUACAGAAAACUUUACUUCAACUGAUUCUUCAUCUCAUAUGUAAAAGAAUAUUGUUUAAGAAAAUGAUGCAAACCCUUAAAGUGUUACCAUCUGAUUUUAUCUUAUCUUUUAUUUCAGCUUUUGCUUAUGUCUUUUUCAA